UACAGAGCUCUCUGAUCGUAAGUGGCCGUGUAGAGCGAGAGCUGAUACAGACGUUUGUGUUAUUAGUCCCAAUUCAAGAGAAUCAACAUGACUGGCGCUUGAACGGAAUGUCAGGUUAGCUUUCAUUCGGACGCAAUCCUCGUUCCUAGCUGGCUGUCGCGCACACAACUGGGCGAUAGCACAAUCUCCAGACUUAUAUUAACCAUCUUUUAUUAGAUUCCCAAUCAGGCUUUUCUUUGUAAGACAGUUUACACAUACUGAAACAAAGUGGAUUUAACAGUGGCUACGUGGUUCACCCGCACUCCAAGAUGCUUCUGGUCUCCCAGCGGCUAGACUCACCUCGCAUGGACCCAUUACUGCUAGGAUCCCUGAAGAGGAAAUUGACUGGGGCUGUCGAGAGUUCUGCAUCACUUAACGGGGUCUCUGACACCUCUAUGACCCAGGGAGGUGGCAAACGACUAUGUCUGGAAGAUGUCACCCUGGCCAUGGGCCCCAGCUACCCUCAGCCCCCAUUCCCUUCUGGGAUGGGCAACCACGGGGGUGUUCUGGAAGGUAAUAGGCUGAACAGCAACAACAAUAAUUUGGGCUCUCCAUAUUCCGUACCCCCAAAUGCUAGUCCUGGAUCAACACCAGUCACUGGGGGAGGCUCAGGGGGCUUCAACCCAAAUGGGAGUUCAGCCACUCCUUCAGUGGAACAAGAACUGCAGGAGAUUUUGGAUGAACUUACAAAGAACCCUGAUCCAUCUUUACCAGAGCUUGAUAUUGAGAAAAUCUUAGGAAAAGAAAGUGAUGACCAGGCAAGUACAGCUGGAGGUUUUGUCCACCCAGAAGGUAAUGGCACCCCCAAAAGAUCUCCGCAGAGACAGUCACACCUGGAGGCCCACCUCACUCAGUCCCCUGGUUUCUCUCAAGCUGGGUCUCCUCAAGUGGGUCCAAGUCCUGCUGGGGCACCAUAUACCCUACCACAUCCUUCCAAACCAAUUCCAUCUCAACUCUCAGCAUCACCCCUGUCCUCCUCUUCUUCACAAGGGCAAAAUCAAGCACGGUCACCUAUGCUAUCUGCCGCCCUAUCCAACUGGCAUGAAGUGUCCCGGGCUCAACAGCUUCAGCAGAUGGCAUCUAGUAAGCAUCAUUCUAACAACAGUGCUGGUCCACCACCUGCACAGUCAGGGUUGUCUGGAUUGGGCCAGCAGAGUACGUCUUGGGCUGGUCCCUCUCCACCUUACCGACCAGGGGAUAAGCUGCCCAACUCAUCACCUCAUCAGCAGCCCUUCAGCCCAGCAGGAAAUAUUCAGAGUCCCCAGAAUUCUCUAAUCUCUAGCAUGGCUCCAGCCCCAUCCACCAGACCUUCACCACCCUACAGGCCAGAAAAGCUGGCCAGCCCAGCAAUUGCUCAGCCCCCUUUCAGCCCCCAGAACAGCAUUCUUUCUGGAAAUGCCCCACCAGGAGUUUCUGGAACUGCAAUCCAAGGUUCUCAGGCAAGUUAUCUUCCUGGUGUUGCCCCAACAUCAAACAACACUCGACCAUCACCUCCUUACCGACCAGAUAAACAUCCUAGUCCAGCUGGGCAAUGCCAACCAGGAACGCAACUUCCCACACAAGGACAUCUUUUCAACUCGCAAAAUAAUCAAGCACCUGCAAUGUCUAGCCAGCUGUUCAAGGCCAUCACAUCCAAUCAGCCACCCAGUAGCCUCAAGCUCCUAAUGCAGGCGCAGGGAAAACCCUCACAGCUGCAACUAAACAAGACCACCACAACUGGUAUGGGUCCAGAACCAUACUCUUUCAACAACACAAAGCCGUUACGACAUUUUGAUCCCAAUCCCUCCGUGCCCAAGCUGGGUCCUCUGGCUAUGGGAGGAUACCGCAGUGCUAGCAUGCAACCCACGGCACCCACUUCAGCCACAGGACAUGGGCAUCUUCUGCCACAGCGCAUGCAAAGGGGAAUGCCUGCUGGUGGUAUUGUGCCUCACUGCAGAGAUGAUCAAGGUGCAGGAAUGGUGCCACCUCUUCAGGACCCUUCGUCAGCUGUGCCACGGCAGCCCCAGGGCAGCAACUACAACAUGAUGCUUAAGAAUCAGCUAAUAAAGAAGCAGCUUCAACAACAAGAAAAGCAAAGGCAUAUGGAGCAAAUGAAUGGAGGGCAUAUCACAGACUGCCAACAGGUGGCACUAUUUCAAGGUCCAGGUCGACCACUCCAUCCAGAGUGUGGUGGAUAUCCUCUGGGAGCUUCUCAACAGCUGAAUCCCUCCAUGCUCUCCCAUAGUGGCCCUUUACCCACAAACCAAAUGGGUCUUUCCUCCAGCUCGGUCUCUCAGAUGGGCCCGUCGGUUGGAGGAUACGUAUGUGGCAAAGGCUCCAAACAACCCCUCUGCCACCCGUCGCAAGACUUUGGAAUGGCGAUGCAGUCUGGCCAGAGCAUGAUGGGAAUGGGUGGGCCUCCACGUCAACCGUUACACCCAGCUCAUGCUGUGACGCGACCUGGCAUGCCAUGCCCCAACUUACCAGGCGGUCCCGUGCCCACCCACCACCUGCGGCAGGCACUGCACCGAGCUGGAGCUCUUCAGUCACGCAUGAUGUUCCCUCCCCAGCAGCAGCAGCAGGCCACGUCACAGUCCCAGCUCUGGCAGCACCAACAAGCAGUGCAGCCACAUAUGGACCCUGUGAACCACCCACAUCCUUUCCCCUCCAGAGGAGCCCUAUCUGGAUGUGGAGGUCCUCAGUUUCCACAGCGAUCCGGCAUGGCAGGUAUGCCAGCCAACUUCCCUGGUUCCCGUCCUCCUCAUAAUCAGGUCGCCCCUGGUUUGGUUGGCAGGCAGGACCAGAAGAUGCCCACCACCCAGCCGCUAUCCUCCAUGGCCCAACAGAACCUCAGAAUGCGAGGUCCACUUUCCGCUCUAGCUGUUAUGAAACCAGGAGGCCCAUCCAUGAUGCACCCUGCCCAUGGGAUGGGGCCUCCUAGUUACCAGACUGCUUCUGCAGGGAAACACUGUUCACCACAGGGCUACAAUCCCGGAGAUAAACUGCCUUCCUAUGACUACAUCUCCCAGCAUCAGAGCAAUGGGGCAAUGGCAGCGGGGCUACAAGGACCUGGAGGAGGAGGCAGUGGUGGUGCGGAGGUAGACUUCAUAGACACUCUGGUGGGAAACAACGAAGACUGGCUGAACAAUCUCACCAUGAUAGAUGAAUACCUUGAGCAAAACUCAUAGGGACUGAUCAAGAGCGUCUUAGGUUUGAAAAUCACUACACAGCACAAGAAUGGGUUUGUGGGCUCAUCGUUCUGUAAAGGCAUGUUCACACCAAGAGCACUAACUAUAACAAGAACUAUAUUAGUGUCCACACCAACGGACGGUAACUUUCCUCUUGUCAUAACCGCGCAUUUGUAUGCAGCUUUAAGGCCCCGAUAUACUCACUUUAUUGUUCUUCGCUUAGUAAAAAGAAGUUUGAGAUACGUAAUCAGCUAUGUUCUGUUAUAGGACAUCCUGACGCCAUGGACAAAUCGUAGUUCCAAGGUGUUUACUUUUCCAGAAUGUUUGCUUGGGCAAGCUGUUUCGAUCUCCAGAAAUGAUUUUGUUCUAAAUUAUGAAGUUUAUUGGGUCCUAUAUACAUGCAAGCUUGGGUGGCAUCUGAUUGGCUCAGAAACCUUUUAGUUCAUUGUUAUAAUUAUCAUCUUUGGUGUGAAUGAACCUUGAAGUCCUAAAGCGUUCUUUUUUGGUCCUGCUUAGGCACAGCAAAACCUGGCUUUGGCCGUCAUUAAACUGACUCAUAUUAAAAGAUGCCCUUUCUUUUUCUCAGUGGUUGCUCUUCCAGUGCUCUCUGCGCUGUUUGAAUAAUAUUGUAAUUAUCAUCAAAUUUAUUAUGGAGUGAAACACUGAUUUAUGAAAACAUGAGCUUUCCCCAGCAGUGUAAAGAAAGUUCUCAUUCAGUUAAAGGGACAGCUCACCCAAAAAUGACAAUUCUGUCAUCAUUUACUUGCCCAUAUGUCUUUCCAAAUCUGUAUUACAGAAUACAUUUGGAAGAUUUUUUUUUUUUUGUCUGUUCAGUGGAAGUUAAUGGGGUUAAAAAACAACACUAACUUUCACUGUAUGGACAAAACGGUUUUUAUUUACUCAUUAAUGUGGGGCGAAUAGAUGUUGACAGAAUUGUCAUUUUUGGGUGAACUGUCACUUUAAUGCAAUGUGGUAACAGUAUUGUUGGCAGUAUCCUGCCAGACCAGGCUCAUAUGUGCAGCUUUUCAUUCUUGCUAUAUGAAAAGCAUAUGAAAUCAUUUCUGUAAUGAACUAUUUGAGGGUAUCUAAAAAGGGGCUUGUCCUGUACAUAAAGUAUUUUGUAAAAUAUGGUUUCUUAAACUGUAACAUACAAAGGAGAAGUACACAUAUUUAUGCUUCUUUUCUGCUGAUUAAUUCUUCAGAAUUUCUUUGUAAAUAAUUAUCAAAAGAAUAAAUAAAACAAAAAUGCAAUGAUGUAAAGAAAUGAGUGUCACAUUGAAAUUGCAAAUGAAAUAUUUUACACUAGGAAACUCUAUUGUAAUUUGUAUUAUGCAAGACAGUAUGGUUAGCUUUGGAGUAAUACUAUGUAUUACAAAAGUGAAAAAAUCUGUUAUGUUUUUGACAUAACUGGACUUCUGGUACUCCAGUCUGGCUUAAGAAGGUUUUAUGUUUUGUGUUUUUAAAUUGGGAGGUUUCAGCAGUUCAUUCUGACGUAAUUGCACAGUCUAAAAGGCUCUCUAACUUGUGUCAUAUUGCUAAAGCAUAAUACAUUUUACACUAGACACCAGUGUCUUUGUAAUAGUCUGUUCCAUCUAACGAAAUGAGGAUCUUAAGGAUCUUGAUGCUUUUUGGACCAAGGACACUUUUCAGCAGUUCUAGGAAUGUCUUUUGUAAGUGCACACCAGCUACACUGAAACGGCAGCCUUAGUGUAGCAAAGGGACAACAUCUAUGAUCACACCACCUAUUAUGUAAUACAAGAGCAACACCUGUCACAGUAAGUGCAUAAAACCCACAGUCCUUUGUGCCAGAGUCUUGGGUUUCCAGUAGUUCAUGACCAUGUAGUUGAUGCCAUGAACUUGAAGACAUUCUGAUUUGUGAUUAACUGUGAUUUAUUAUAUUUUGUCUUCAUAUUUUUAGAUUGGAAAAUAAACCUCAUAAAAACAAAAAA